AGUGUCCAAACGCAGUUUAAGUGAACUGCUCUAAGAUGCUAUCCUUCGUGAUACUUUGUUGUGUAUCUAUAUGUUCUGCAUUACAGUCAAACCAGUUACAAACGAACCUUGAUGAUGGGCCACGUUUUCAAUAUGUGGCCAAUUCGAAUGGAGAUUUUCAAAUAGCCGACGUAUGGACAACGUUGAAUGAUAUUUUCAGUGGAUCUAAAUUUAACCCAACCGUAUCAAAUGUUUAUCAUUUGUUUACCAGAGAAAACCCAACUAUAAGCCAGCCAAUCGUUACUAAUCCUGGCUUACUAUCUCAGACUAAUUACAAGAACACUAGAAGGACUAUUAUCCUCAUACACGGAUGGAUGAAUUCAGCUACGUCAGAUUUUAAUAAUGUUCUCGUACCUGUGCUCUUGGCUGCUGAAGAUUUAAAUGUCAUAGUAGUGGAUUGGAGUGCUGGAGCUGGUUCCUUGAAUUAUAGAGAAGUAAAUCAAAAUUGUAUUCUAUCCGGCGCAGCGGUGGCACGGUUCAUUAACUGGUUGAAUGGGGCUAGUGGUUCAACGAUUGCUCAGUAUCAUAUUAUCGGUCACGGAGUCGGUGGACAUCAAGCUGGUAUUGUAGGAAGAAAUUUAGGUCGUCAAGUGCCAUAUAUUACUGCCCUGGACCCAGCACUCAUUGGAUGGGUUAACAAUAUUUUCCGUUUCCGGCCUUCCGAUGGAUUGUAUACUGAAGUAAUUCAUACCAAUUAUGGUGUCUAUGGCUAUCUAGGUGACCUUGGUCUAGUUGAUUUCUAUCCUAAUGGAGGUAUUUCAAUGCCCGGUUGCAAUUCGAACGCUUGUGAUCACGCUAGAGGUUUCCAUUAUUUAGCAGAAUCUAUUACAUCUGGAGGAUUCACUGGAAGGGAAUGUGUGAAUUAUUACGCCGCUGUUUUGAAGUUAUGUUAUGGUCCAAAAACUUUGAGAAUGGGUGGACUCACUCCUAAAACUGGAGAAACUGGCGUCUAUUUGCUCGAGACGAACGCAUCUCCACCAUUUUCCCAAGGAUAAUUUCACGUCACAGAGUCUCGUG